AUGACGCGCGACGACGACGGCGCGAACGACGACGACGACGACGACGACGCGGGCGACGACGGCGACGACGCGACGCGCGAGGACGGGGAGGCGACGACGGCGACGACGAAGAAGAAGAAGAAGAAGAAAAAGAAGAAGAAAUCGGCGGCGGCGAAACAGACGAGGCCGCCGUCGACGCCCGUGCGCGAGCUGUACCCGGGGGCGAAGUAUCCGGCGGGGGAGAUAUUGCCGCAUCGCGAGCAUAAUCUGUGGCGCGAGACGGACGAGGAGAAGCGAGAGUUGGAGAGGUUGGAAGAGAAUCUGUACAACGAGGCGCGGCAGUGCGCGGAGGUGCAUCGAGAGGUGCGGCAAUACAUUUCCGAUUGGGUGAAACCCGGGAUGAAGUACAUCGACGUGUGCGAGACGUUGGAAAAUAGCGUGCGGAAGCUGAUCGAGGAGCGCGGGCUGGAGGCUGGGGUGGCGUUUCCGACGGGUUGCUCGAAAAAUCACGUCGCCGCGCAUUGGACGCCGAACGGGGGGUGCGAGAGCGUGAUCGAUAAGGACGACGUCAUCAAAUUCGACUUUGGGGUUCAAGUGAAAGGACGCAUCAUCGACUGCGCGUUCACGAAGACGUUCAACGACAUGUACGACCCGCUGUUGAAGGCGGUGAACGAGGCGACAGAAACCGGGAUCAGAUCGGCCGGGAUCGACGUGCGGUUGUGCGAUAUCGGUGAGGCGGUGCAAGAAGUCAUGGAGUCGCACACGGUGGAAAUUCACGGCAAGGAGUACCAGGUGAAGUGCUGCAGCAACUUGAACGGGCACUCCAUCGAUCCGUACAGGAUUCACGCCGGGAAAAGUGUCCCGAUCGUGAAAGGUGGCGUUCAAACGAAGAUGGAAGAGGGCGAGUAUUACGCCAUCGAAACCUUUGGAACCACGGGGAGAGGUUACGUCAUCGAGGAUGGCGAAUGCAGUCACUACAUGAAGAACUUUGACGUCGGUCACGUGCCGCUUCGUCUUCCUCGCGCCAAGCAACUCCUCGGCGUCAUCGAUCGAAACUUUGGCACGUUGGCGUUCUGUAAGCGAUACUUAGAUCGUAUCGGUGAGCAGCGCUAUUCAAUGGCGCUAAAGAAUCUGUGCGAUAACGGCAUCGUCCAACCUUACCCGCCACUUUGCGACAUCAAGGGGUCGUACGUCGCUCAGUACGAGCACACGAUUUUGUUGAAGCCGUCCUCGGGCGUCGAAGUGUUGACGAGGGGUGAGGACUAUUAGGGCACGACUUUUUU